AUGUCAGGCGCCGAGCUAAUUGGGAUCAUCUCAGGUAUCAUCGCCAUAGUGGACGCCUCGCUCAAGAUUUACGAGGCGGCCGCGGAUGCCUCGGGCCUGCCGCGAGCAUUUCGCAAUGUAAUUGCACGACUCCCCGUCAUUCAAGACACGCUAGAAGCAGCGAAAGAUGCUUUAGAGGAAGAAGAGGAAGAGGGGAAACACGAAUUAUCGAGAGUUAAAUUCCGCGAGGCAUUGGCCAAGAUUCUGGAGAGCUGUUAUGACAAGGCGACCGCCCUCAACAAGACUCUAAAGGCUGUAAUGCCUACACAAGGCGCGUCCAAAGCGAAGCGAUACGUCAAAGCAAUCAAGAUGAUUCCCGCUGCCGACAAAAUCGAGAGCCUGAUGAAUGGUAUCCUACACGACUUGCAUGUGCUGGCAGCGAACCACUCGGUAAAAUCAGCCACACGGUCGCAGAUCAAAGAUCUUAUGGACAUAACAAAGAAGGAUGACAAACGAGAGUGUGUACGCAUCGGACACCGCGCGACUAUAUCAUUAUACAAUGCCGGCAAGGGCUCGCAGUAUAUCUAUGAGGGACAAGGAAAUCAGAAUGUGUCGAUGGGAGGAAUACAAUUUAAUGGGUCAUCAACGGCGCCACUAUAUAUAGGCAUGAUUAGGUGA